AUGCUAGUUAAUUUCCGGACUCUAAUAUGGGUAUAUAUUAUUAGAAAUAUAGUCCCGACAAGCUCAGUAAUAGAAUUAGAAGAUUAUGAUUAUAAUUCUAUUUAUCAAUAUGUAUCAGCAGAUUCAGACAGUAUAUUAGAAUAUCAAGAUAUUUUCUUAAAUAUACAAGACAUAAUAUCUGGCAACUACUUGAGUCCUAAUGUUAUAUCACCUGUAGAUAUAAAAGAUGGAUCUAAAAUAAUAAACAAAGUGAAUGUUAAUAAAAAUUCAACUGCCACAAAUUCUCUAGACUUAAAUAAAAAGAGAAAUGUAGUUGGUUCUAUAUUUGAUGAAUUUUCGAUACCAAAGAAUAGAAUUGGAACUAGAUUAGAUGUUCUCAAUAUUUUAAAAUUCAACUGGUGUUUAGGAGAUAUUAAUAUAAAGUUUAAAUCUUCUUGGACUGCUUUACAACUUGCAAUGAAUGCAGAAACUUAUAAAGAAAUGCCUAGUGACUUUCAAAUAAUAACAACAUAUAACCAAUGUUUAGAUUAUAUAAGUAGAAAUGAGAAUAUUAAUAAUACAUCUUUAAAAGAAAAUGAUAACAUUGGAAAUUUUGCUAGAUAUGUAUGUGGAAUAUAUGGGGAGUACAUGUGGUCAAUAUCAAGUAAGGAUCCAACAUCUUCGCCAUUAGGAAAAGUCCCAGAUUUUCAAGAUUUGGAAGAUAUUGAAUCAGAAAUCCCAAAUACAGAUUUAUAUGAUAUAUGGCUUGCAAUAUAUAAAAUUGAUCCCUCUUAUUCUCAAUGGUUUUUACUAUAUAAAAUUGCAUCUAAUGAAAUAGAUGAAUUUAUAACAAUAUUCAAAUAUUCUAGUAAUUAUAAUGAUUUAUUAAAUGUUAUUGUAGAAUUUAUGGAACACACAGACUAUUAUGAGAAAUCUACAGAAAUAUUUGGACGACAAUAUACCUCAAGUAAACAUAAGAAACAUGGGAUUACAGGUAAAAGUAGUAAACGUUUUAAGAUUCAUUUACCUAAAGAUAUGCCAAACAUGUAUAUAUACCAUCAUAGACAAGACUCUUGCGUUUUAAAUUUAGCUGCAAUGACUCUAUAUCCAGAUACAAGAGUAAAUUUAGACAUUGAAAAGCCUAAUAGAAGUAGCUUUUAUUAUGUAUUCCAUCGUAAAAAUGUAGCUGUAUCAAGAAGAUCUUUUCUUAGAUCUAAUCAGAUUUGCUUUAUAAUGUUAGCUACAAUGGAGAUUUUUGAGAAACGUUAUUACAUAACUGAGAAUAGGAAGCAAAAGACAAAAUACUUAACUAAACCUUUACCCUUUGAUCCUUUUUACUACUCGAUCCCUUCGAAUAUUGAUGACUUUAAAAUGUAUGUUUACUGGCUAUUGUAUCCAAAAAGUCAAAGUAUUAACAAAUUAGUGAAUCAUAAAAAUAAUAUGUUGGUAUAUUUAGAAUAUUUAGUUAUGAAAUAUCAGGAUUCAAAAUUACUAAAGUGGGAGUACGAAUCAUUUUCUAAUAGAGAUUUGACAAAGCUUAGAGAUAGAAAUUUAAAAAUGUUAGAAUUCAAAAAAGAAUUAGAUCAUAAAUUACAAGAAAUAAAAUUGACGAAAAGAAUUUCAGACAGCACUAGUAGUUUAAAUGAUAACAGAAAUUACUAUCCUACAAUGUACUCAAUAAUACCUUUAAUCGCAAUAAGUACUGGAUAUUGGAAAUUAAGGAAAAAUCUAAAUAAAUAUCCUGUACGUAUAGAUAUAAAUUUACUUAAAACUAUAAAUAUUUUGAAUAAUAUAAAAUUUGAUACACAUACUGAAUUGGGAUAUAUGCCAAUAUAUACAUCACUUGAAUGUAUUAAAGGUGUGAUAUUACUAUGGAAAAAUGAUGGUUUAUUAAUUAAUAAAAGACCUUUCAGAUUAUUAGACCCUCGUCUAGUACAUUUCAAUCAAAACAAUAGAAAACAAAUUUCAAAAAUUUAUGCGGAUUAUGCUACAAUAUAUUUAUUAUGCAGUGAGAUAGUUGUCAAGGCAGUAAAUUACCAACGUACAUAUAUUAAAAUAUUUAACCAUGAUACUCUUAAGGAUUCCUGGGAAAUCCAAAGAAUUUUAGAUUUAUCAGAUCCUAAUAAUCAAAAUAGCUUUGAAUAUAAUACAAAACAUAAUUUAAUUCUUCAUUCUCUUCCAGAUAGAUUUCCUGUCCACUAUCUCACAAAAAGUAUUCAUGGUUUUUUUAUUGCAGGUUCUAUUUUCCUAUUUAUUGGGAGUAUAGUUCUUGAUAGUCUCCUAUCUAUCUUUUCUCCUUUAAGAUAA